AUGACUAAGAGCGAGAAAAUCAUAAUCGAAAAGGUUAUCCAGCGAAAGGGUUGUUAUGUUACGUGCGAGUUGGUGGAGAAAUUUAUUAAGGAGUAUAGAGAGGAGCGGGAUCGAGUACAGAUAUCAGUGCGUAUUGAUGUUUUAGACCGAGCCUACCAAGAAUUUCUGGAGGCUCAGGUGGAAAUCGAGAAAAAUGAGAGACCGGAGACGUUAGAUGCCCGAUUCAUGAAGCGAACGGACUUCGAAGAGCGCUACUGUUUAGCUAAGGGUUUCUUGCUUUCAAAGUGCCCUCUUGAAGCACACGAAUCGAUACUCAAUAGUUCAGUAAAUCCUUCCUCUAUUCCAACUGCUGCAGGUUUUCACUUGCGACUCCCGAAGAUAGACUUGCCCAAGUUUGACGGUGAUUUCUCCCGUUGGAUGGCUUUUCGCGACUCGUUCCAAUCAAUGAUCCACGUCAAUGCUGAAAUUCCUGCAGUCGCCAAGCUCCAAUACUUGUUACAAUCGCUAGAAGGUGAAGUAAAAAAGCCGUUUGAGAGCACUGAUAUUGUAGCCGAUAACUAUGCCGUAUCUUGGGAGACUUUUUUGAGACGAUACGACAAUCGCAGAUUAUUAAGACGUCAACUUUUUCGAGCACUGUACGAUCUGCCAUCUGUACUCUCGGAGUCACCACAAGAACUACAUACACUAGCUGAUGAUUUUCAACGACACGUUAAGGCACUUGCGAAGCUGGGUGAACCGAUUCAUCACUGGGACACUCCACUUAGCACAAACAAAUCUCAUUUGUCUGCCGCCAAUGCGAAUCAGCUGAUCUGGGCCGAUAAAGGGAUGAAACCAACGGAUACGAGAUUUCGGGGAUACUGGUUACGCUUGCUGGAGGGCCUUGUACUCGAGGCUGAAGCUUUACUGUUGGAUGAGUCUGAUGAUCGUCGCUUCUGCUUCCUUCCGCUCGUCAACUGUAAGGUGUGCUGA